CAAAUAAGUUAUGUCCAGUGACACGGUACACGAAGGAAAAUAAGGAUUUGAGAAUGUUAUUUAUGAUGUUGAUGACGUCGACAUUCUUUGAUUUGGGACUUUUUGUUAAAGUAAGACAAGCGAGGUUGGUUACGCAGUCGUAAUUUGUCACCAAAAGGUUGCAUAGGGUUCUCUGCUGGUUAUGUUCUGUUUAGCUAUGAGCUAACGGAAUAAACUAACGCAUUUUUUAAAACGGCACUCAUGUCAACAACCCGACAGCUCAAUUGGUCCCAUAUUCUGGAAGAAGAAGCAUUGUUGAUGUUUAGAGUGGUGCUGAUGAAGUACGGUGUGGAUUUUAGGACUGGGGGAGUGCUGCAUUAGCUUUAGAGCUAACGCUCUUGGGCAUCUCGUCUUGUUGACGCGGGCAAGAAUUACAGUGUUUGACAACUCUCUGUCAAGUGAGGUCUUCUGUGUGGCUAACGCUACGUUAGCUUAUUGUGUAAACUAAUAUAUAUAAUGAUAUAAAUCUACCUCUACUUUAAUAUAAUGUCUUUGCGGUACACGCCGAAGAACUAGAGACCACCUGUCAUCUGUAUGAGACCUCGAUCCACCUGCCCGACACCUCAUUUUUGUUUUGUUUUGAAGUCAUGGCUAAUGUCAACAUCACCCGAGAUAUCCUGCACAGACAGAUCCAGGACAAGAGAGCUUCUGGCUUUCAACGAUUCCAUCAUGUGACAGACCCCUUUAUCAAAAGACUUGGCCUGGAGGCUGAGCUUCAGGGCCACACAGGCUGCGUGAACUGUUUGGAAUGGAAUGAAAAUGGAGAUCUGCUGGCCUCCGGAUCUGAUGAUCAACAUGCAAUCAUAUGGGAUCCAUUCAGACUCAAGAAGCUAACUACUAUGCACACAGGACAUUCAGCAAACAUAUUCUCUGUAAAGUUCCUCCCUCAUUCUGGAGACAGAAUUUUGGUAACUGGUGCGGCAGACACUAAGGUCCAUGUGCAUGACCUGACUGUGAAGGAAACCAUCCAUAUGUUUUCUGAUCAUACCAACAGGGUAAAACGCAUUGCCACAGCGCCUAUGUGGCCCAACACCUUCUGGAGUGCCGCUGAGGAUGGUAUCAUCAGGCAAUAUGACUUACGAGAGAGCAGUAAACGCUCCGAGGUCAUUAUUGACUUGACAAAGUUCUGUGGUCAACUAGCGGAAGCCAAGUGUUUGGCUAUUAACCCGCGGGACAACAACUACAUGGCUGUUGGGGCUAAUUGUCCCUUUGUACGUCUCUAUGACAUCCGUAUGAUUCAGAACUGUAGGAAAUCAAUAAAAAAAUUCAAGGCAUCUGCAGCGCGUACAUUCUUAGAAAAUCAAUAUCCCAUUCCAGAUGGCGCUGUGCAGUAUUAUGUUGCAGGUCACCUGCCAGGGAAACUGAGAGACUACACUAGCCGCUUGAGGGUCUUGGUUUCCACUUAUGUCACUUUCAGUCCAGAUGGAACUGAGUUACUUGUCAACAUGGGAGGAGAACAGGUGUAUUUGUUUGACCUGACUAGUAGACAAAAGCCGUACACAUUGCUGCUUCCACAAACGUGGCACUCAUCAACCGAAGAUUUAGAGAAUGAGGAAACAGCCAACGGAAUCGCCAAUGGAAUUCAUUUUCCAGCUAGCCAUGUACGAUAUUCCCAAAGCAACAUGCAACUAAGCGCAACUGAGCUACCUCCACAUUUGGAAAAGAUCAAACAACAAGCAAACGAUGCGUUUGCGCGACAACAUUGGACGCAGGCUAUUCAACUGUACUCUUUAGGAAUUCAUCAAUCCAGCAGCAACGCUGUACUUUAUGGAAAUCGGGCUGCAGCCUACAUGAAGCGGAAAUGGGAUGGGGAUCACUAUGACGCUCUAAAGGACUGUCUGAAAGCACUUACUAUAAAUCCAGAACAUUUGAAGGCUCAUUUCAGGCUUGCGAGGUGUCUGUUUGAGCUCAAGUAUGUGUCUAAAGCAGUGCAGUGCCUCGAUGAUUUCAAAGAAAAGUUCCCGGACCAGGCGCACAGCAGUGCUUGUGACGCAUUGGAUAAAGAUAUUAAGGCCUUUUACACAGAGAUGGUAACAGAAGAUAAGUUCGACAACUCCAGCCGAUUCCAUUUAUAUAAUCGUUAUGAGCCCAUCCUUAAGGAUGAAGUGCAUUUUCGAGAGCAAAGUUUAGACUACAAGCGCAGAUACUGUGGUCACUGCAACACAACCACGGAUAUUAAAGAAGCCAACUUCUUUGGAAGCAAAGGCCAAUACAUAAUCAGCGGGUCAGACGAUGGUUCGUUCUUUAUAUGGGAAAAGGAGACAACAAAUCUGGUGCGUAUCAUGCAGGGAGACAACUCGAUAGUCAACUGUUUGCAGCCCCACCCCAGCUACUGUUCACUGGCAUCAAGUGGUAUUGACCCAGUGGUCCGAUUAUGGAACCCCAGACCAGAGACCGAGGGUGUAAAUGGCCGUGUAGUAGAGGACAUGGAAGGCGCUGCUCAGGCCAACCAGCGGCGAAUGAAUGCGGAUCCUUUGGAGGUUAUGCUCCAAAACAUGGGCUAUCAUUUCACAGGAUUGCGUAGCGUAGGCCCGGAGGGUUCCGAUGACGAGGACAGCUCGGAUGGACAUGUGCAAUGUAGACCAAGUUAAGACAAUCCAGUGGCCAUUCCUAAGAAUGGAAGUAGGAAACAUGGAGCUGCGCCCAUUUCGGUUUGAGUACAAAUUUGCCCUCCUUUCCGACAGCGAGUGCAGAACUUCACGCCAUAUCUCAACACUAUGCACUGCCCUCAUCCUGUAAGGGCUGCUGGAGAUCUCUGAAGGAUGAACAAGACAUGAGGGUGGAAGGGCCCUUUUAACCAUACAUAAGCCCUUUUUUUUGCCAGGACGAUACUUCCAGUUCGUCAAACAGAUGGACAGCUCAGCACUUCUCCUUCAGAUUUAUGUUGAGUGUCAGAGGAGGGGUGCCCAUGACCUAUUUUGUGGUCAGCGUGGUCCCUCAGUGAAUUCCUUGGAGGAUCAUAUCACAGUUGAGGGUGCUUUGCUGCAUCUCCUGUCUGCUUUUUCAGUUGGAGUUUAAGCCUACAAUGAAAUUUCAUCAGGCGUCUUCUAAAAGAUGCAUGUUGCAAGAUUAUGGAUGAGCUUUGUUUAGUUUACAAGUCUGGAAAAUGGUGUUCUCUGCCAAAGGUUGCCCUCUCAUCAGUCAACUGGCCAAGGAUUUAUGUUCUUUGUUUAAUCCCGAAAGUGGAAGUUUUAAUUUGAUUAAUUUAGCCAUGAUGAGAUAAACUACAUGUCUUAAUUAAUUUUCACUUUGGAGUCGUUUUGAUUUCAAAAUGAAGUUGGUGUGAAUGUUGUGUAUCAAGGUUGAACAGAUGCUAAUAAUGAGGGUAUGAGUAUGCGCUAAGUGUUUUGUCUCUACAACUCACCCUUGGCUAGUCUACCCGUCACUUGCAAACUAAAUCCACGUUAAGAGUGCAAACUAGGCAUUCAUGUGUUAUACUUUGUUCAUUGAUUUUGGUUGUUUCUCUUUGGGGAAUCAUAACCAUGUUUGUUGCAAAGAGACUUUAAAUAAAAUAACACUGUGUGGCUGCUUUUU